UUAUUCAUCUACGGAUAUUUCGACCAACGAAAUACGGAUAUUACAUAUUUUCUUUUCAUCUGGCAACACUGUAAAGUGGUAAACACAGGUGAUGGUUAUUCGUUAUUAUUUGAGAAAUUUAUUGUGAAUAUGAAAGAAGAUUCUCUAGUAUGUCUUCCUGGUCAAAGACUUUCAAUAUGCGAUAAAAUCUAUACAUCGGGGCAAGGAACUUAUGAAAGAAAGGGUUAUAUAUAUUCCAUGUUAGGUGGUGUAGUAGAUAUUGUUGAAAAAAAUGGACUAAAAGUAUUGGAAGUUCAUAGUAAUGGGCAAAAUACAGUUAUACCUAGUCAAGGAGAUAUUGUUACAGCAGAAGUUUAUAUAAUAACACAGCAACACGCAAAAUGUCAUAUAAAAUGUAUAGGUAAUACUGUUCUUAAAAGUUCUUUUAGAGCUAUUAUUAGAAAGGAGUAUGUGAGAGUGACAGAAAAAGACAAGGUUGAAAUAUAUAAAAGUUUUAGACCUGGGGAUAUAAUAUUAGCCAGAGUGCUUCCAAUAACAGAGGCUCAUUCCUACCAAUUAUCUACGGCUGAGAAUGAAUUAGGAGUUGUUAUAGCUCAUAGUGAACAUGGAUAUCCAAUGAUUCCAGUAAGUUGGACUGAAAUGCAGUGUCCGAAAACCUUAGUUAAAGAACCAAGAAAAGUAGCUAAAGUUGUUCCUGAAAAUAUGACUACAGAUAUAUUAAGUGUUUUGCAAAAUAAUGUUUAAGUAUUUUAAUUAACAUAUAAUUUUCUAAUAUACUUUUGAAGUUUU